ACAGCGACCGGAGCGCGUCACAUGGACGUGAUAUCUUGACUCCUCCGCUGGACCCGGACAAAAUACACGCAGUCGUCUGCGGUAGACGGAGCCGAACCGCGGCUGCACCUGCCGCAGAUAUCUGUAUAUCGGAUGAAGGAAAAUGUCCCGGAGCAGAGGAAGAGGCUGUCAGAGUUUCGAACAGCUGAUGCUGGAGCAGAUCUGCUGCAGGCUUCACUUGAGGUCAAUAUAUAUUGCAGAUGCUCGAAUUAGCAAACCAAAAUGACCCACAACUGGACUGCACACCAGCUGGACACGGGAGCGAGUGAGAGAAGACGAGAGGAGUAAGAAGAUCUGUUACUGUUGGGAAAAUAGAUGGAGGAGGAGGUAGAUUAUUGGGAUUGUUCUUCAGUCAACACAUCCAUGAAGGUCCACUGAUGGUCAGAUGUCUCUCUCAGUGUUCCCAGCUCAUCUGAUGGGAAUGAUAGAUGCCUGUACAGGAACAUCCCAUCACUACUGCCAAUUUCCUUGAAACACCAACCAAACAGAAAGACCAACAUCAGCAGUGGAAGCCAAGGCCGUGUGUGUGUGUCACAUCCUGGUAGAGAAUGAAACAGAAAGCCAGUGUGUCAGUCAGCACCCUGCGCUGUCUCACCCCCUCAAGGAAGUCUUUUUCCCAGAGAGAGGUCAGUUUGUGUGUGUGUGUGUGUGUGUGUGUGUGUGUGUGUGUGUGUGUGUGUGUGUGUGUGUGUGUGUGUGUGUGUGUGUGUGUGUGUGUGUGUGUGUAUUAAAGCAAAGGCGUUUGUGAGGCCCUUUUGCCGGCCCCCACAAGUUUAAGCCUCAAUUUGAGGAUGAAAACUUCAAAACAACAAGGUCAAUAUGAUUAGGUUAACGAAAGAGUCAGUGAGAACUUUGAGAACGUUUGUUAAAAGGUACAUACUGUACAUAAUAGAAAUGAAUAACUAUAAAAAGAUGGAUAAAUAAAAUGAUGAAUUAAUCAAAUAUGCAAUCAAAAUAUUGAACAAGAACACAAGAAAAAAAUAGAUCAUUUAGAGUAGAUUAGCUGCAAAAAAAUUAAAGGCAAACACUGGACAUUAAAGAUUACAUAAAGUAACAGCAUACACAGCUGCAUAUUGCAUAAUUCAACAAAUUAAUGAACCGAAAUGAGUUCGAUUACAGGGUAGAUGCCCUUUAUUAGUCCUGCAGUGGGGCAAAGGUAAAAACAUUAAAGGCAGAAAUGACACAUUUUAAACAUCAAAGAUGCACACAAAGCAACAGUAUACUGUAUAAUAUACAGUGUACUGCAUAAUACACAAAGCUGAGCUACGAAAUAAACAUAAACUAAUGCCGUAAAAAAUAAACAUUGAACCACAAGUUUAACAACGAGUGCUACCUGACGGAAGAACAACAAAAUUGCUCCUUCGUGCAGCAAGGGUGGAUCAGCCUGCGACUGCUGGUGCUGCUCAGUGUCAGCGUGUCCUGGAUGGAGUGGGUCAAGUUCACUUUCGAUACAAGACUCCAUAGGAAGACUUUUUUUCAAUCUUGUGAAUUUAUUAUGUAUUUUAUGACCAAAAACUCUCUGAUUAUACGCAUUAAGAAUGAAUACAUAAAUAAAUCUGCUCAUGAAAAGACAUUUCUGAAAAAGCGACCCCUUCCUCCAGAAGCUGGUUUCCUGUGGUGGUUUAGAUUUGUUUCCUUGUUGUCUAGCACCAUAUGAAAUCAGUGUUCUUGGGGACGGACUGUCUUCGUACUCAUCAAGACGACUGAAAUCAUAUCUUUCCUUCUCCUCAUUUUCCUCCACUACAAGAUAACUGAUUUCCUCUGGUGCGUAGAGUCCACUGCUGCCUUCUAGCACCAUUUGAAAUCGGUUAUAGAACCGUGGAACAAUGCGUCCUGGAGAACAUUUCUUUUUUGUGUUGAAAGUACAAGUGAAUUUUUGUUUUGUAUCAAUGGAAACAUGUUGACAAUUAGGAAAUACAUAUCUUAGCAUCAAGGUUUUAUGUGUUUGAGCCUUAAGAAAAGAUGGAAGGAGACACUUGCUUAUGUGUAAUAAUGAAAAUGCUUCACGCAUAUAUGUCUUUUACUCCACAUGACAUGACUACUAAAUAAAUUCUUAAGAAACAAAUGAGUCCUGCGCAUUCAUGUGUGCUACUGAAGCAGGAUGCAACUGCAGCUAACAUCGCUACUUCAACUGCCUGCUGCGCUGAGUAGUGUUGGAGUCCAGUCCACCUAACUCCAGAUUGAUCCGGGACCGAACAUGCAGAGACCAAGGUCAAGACCAAGAUUUUGAGGGCCUGAGACUAAUGAUGGGUGUUGAGCCCAAGACCAAGACUGAGACCAAGCUGAACGCCAAAUACUGAAACACACAGUUUUUUUUCAAAAUAAAUCAAGAAGUGAGAUACUAUUAUGGUCUCCGUCUUGGUCUCGUGGACAUACUAUGUUGUUUUUUUUAAUUGUUUUCUGAUUUCUUUCAGAACUGGUGUCUCCCUCUGACUGUGCUUGACCUGCUGAGUUUACUUUAGAAAUUCCCUUUGCUCAUUUCGAAAUCACCGUCUGUUUGCGUUUCAUUACGACAUCUCAUAUGUUUGUGCAAUUGUUUUGUCAAUAAGCCUUUUGGCAUUAUUUCAUCUGUGUUGAAUGCAUUAUGUCUCCUCCACUGACUGUGAAGUUACACAGACCUUUAAAGUGAAUGAAAAUGUGUUCUGAUAUGUGCACAGAUUUUAAAAAAAUUGAUUCAAAAUUGAUUUUAAGAUGCAUUAAAACAUUAAAAGGUGCAACAUGUUUUGAUAUUUAUUGGUGUCAAUUAUUCCAGUUUAAAUAAGGGAAUGUAGUUUACAAACUGCUAGUGUCCGUUAUUUUAUGUGGCAUUAAUAAACUGUUCGUUGAAAGUGUUUUGAUUUCACAAAAAUGUCAUCUUAUUCAUCACAAAGAAAUCGAUUUUGAUCUAUGAUAGCGAUGUAAAUUGCGUGUUUGCGUUCGCUAACCUGACGAAGACGUCAUACUGGCACCGCCUUCUUGCAUGACUCCUGUGUGACGUCAGAUCCGUCUGUCCUCUGGUUGGUCAGUUGUUCACCUCCGCCAUUUUCAAAAAGCAGUCAUGGUCCCUUAGCUAUUGUAUGCUAACAUUUGAUUUAUUUACAACGUCUCUUUGCCCGUCUAAAAGCAAGUGGCCACUAAAAUAAUCCCUUGUUCCGAUGGGAGGCUGUGGUGACGAUUCCCCAAAGACGUUGACCGACAGAAGACGACCGAGCCUCGGGGACGUGAAGAGGAAAGUUUCCUCUGAAGAAUACCCUCAUGUGGAAAACAGCACUUUCAGACGGUCACUGCGGAGAGGAAGCUCCUUCUCCUUCCUCACCCCAGCAGCACAAUGGGACUUCAGUCUGAAACGAAAGCGCAGAGAGAAGGAUGAAAGUGAUGCCGUGAGCCUUUGCAGCUUUGACUUUAAGGAACCCAGCAACAAGCGUGUCCGUCCUCUCGGCAGGGUGACGUCGCUAGCUAACCUCAUUUCUCCCGUGAGGAAUGGGGCCGUCCGGCGCUUCGGCCAAACCAUCCAGGCCUCCUUCCGGAGCGAUGGCAAGUCGCCGGGCGUGCCCCAGAAGCCUUGCAACAAGGCCACGGCCCCAACACCGCCGAAAAGGAGGAACAGCACCUUGUGGUCAGAAACGAUAGACGUUCACCAGAAGGGAACCUUUUCCACCAAAGAGAUCAAACGGCAAGAGGCCAUAUUCGAGCUGUCUCGUGGGGAACAGGACCUGAUUGAAGACCUCCAGCUUGCACGCAAGGCGUACCAUGACCCGAUGCUGAAGCUCUCCAUCAUGUCUGAGGAGGAGCUCUCUCACAUCUUUGGGAACCUGGACGCCUACAUCCCGCUGCACGAAGACUUGCUGGCACAGCUCUCCAAAGCCACAGGACCAGACGGGACUGUGGGUCAGAUCGGUCAGAUCGUUGUUAGCUGGCUUCCCCGCCUGAACGCUUACAAUGAGUACUGUAGCAACCAGCUCGCUGCGAAAGCUCUGCUGGACCAGAAGAAACAAGACAGGCGCGUGCAGGACUUCCUGCAGCGAUGUUUGGAGUCUCCAUUCAGCAGGAAGCUGGAUCUUUGGAGCUUCUUGGACAUCCCUCGCUCCCGUCUGGUCAAAUACCCGCUGUUGCUCAAAGAGAUUCUGAGACACACUCCAGCCGAGCACCCAGACACCGCCAACCUGGAGAAAGCGAUCACCAUCAUCCAGGGAGUCCUUGCAGAUAUCGAUGUGAAGAAGGGCGAGUCCGAAUGUCAGUACUACAUCCACAAGCUGGAGUAUCUGGACGACAGGCAGAAGGACCCUCGUAUCGAACAGUGCAAGAGCCUGCUGUGUCAUGGCGAGCUUCGCAGCAAGAGCGGGACGAAGCUGCACGUGUUCCUGUUCACCGAAAUCCUGGUUCUGACCCGCUCAGUCACGCGCAACGAACGCCAGUGCUACCAGGUGUAUCGUCAGCCAAUUCCUGUGCAGGACCUGGUGUUGGAGGACCUGCAGGACGGCGACGUCAGGAUGGGCGGAUCCUUCAGGGGAGCAUUCAGCAACGCAGACAAAGCCAAGAACAUUUUCCGCGUACGUUCCCAAGACCCGAGCCAAGCGCAGUCACACACGCUGCAGGUCAACGACAUCUUCCACAAGCAGCAGUGGCUCAAUUGUCUGCGCAGCGCCAUCUCUGUCCACCGGCCCCACGGGGAGACCGUCACGCCACUCCAACCCACGUUCGACGUGCGCUCCAAGCGCCGCCCUUCGUCCAUCUCGGCCAUUGUUCACAUGGAGGAGUCAGACGAGAACUGCCCGCAGCCGACUUCCCAGUCCGCCCCCAACUCACCGUGCAACUCCACACCCAGUCCCUCAUCGUCGCCGUCCUGUUCCUCGGUGUCAUCCGCGGCCUCGCUGCCUUCGCCUGCACCACUCCGAAGUAAAAAAGGCGAUAAGAAGUCUUUGGGGAAGAGAAAAGAGACCAUGGUGUGACAGCGCGACGUACAGAGAACGGACUCUUGAGCGGACGUUUUGUGCAUAAAAACCAUCGCAGGAUGGAGUCUAUUUAUGUGUGUGUGUUUCAUUACAACAGUGUUCUGUGUUACUGUCCUUCUUGGCAGCUGUUUACCUCACCUCUCCUCGUAAAGUGCGUCAGACAGGCACAGUGUUUUGGAGAGGCGUGCACUGCUUCACCCGCUCUAAAGACGUGUAGCAGAGAGCAAAAAAGCUCGAGGCGUCGCAUCCAAAUCCUGUUUACUAUUGAUUUAAUAUUUAAGCCUUUUAUUUGUAGACACUUGAGGGGAGUAAUGAAAGUUUUACAUUUUUAUAAUCUUGUCGUAGGCGUUUUAGUUUCAUAAAGCAGCACUGUUUUAGCUUUUAGGUGGAAUUAUUUAAUAUCUGUAGACAGGAAUUCCCCUCAAAGAUCUACACAGUUACUUUCUUUUUUUUUUUAAAGUAAUCAGAUCAGCUGUCUUAUUUUUGUACAUUCCUUGAACAACAAAUGACUCAGAUACUAUUUUAUUUUUUGAAGAGGCAUUAACUUAAAUCAGUAAGAUUUCUCAGAGAAAAAGACUGUCACUUUGGAGCGAGUGAUCAAAAGAGAGGAAAACAAAUCAGAAGUAAUGUGGAAUUCUGUUUUGAAUCCAAAUUUUCACCUGAGCCAUGUUGGUUUCUGACAAGUCUUCAGAACGAAACGUCAGUUUUCAGUGUAGCAUCUUGCAUGGAGCUUCAGUUGUGUAGAGGCAGCGGUCCGCCGGGUUUAUUUAAGAAGAGAAAACAAAAAAGUUGUUUUGGAUUUUGAAGAGGAACGAUGGAUGAAAAAGGGUUUUGGAAACGUUGGUUUUGGCUGAGAGAUGCCAGGUAUUAAAAGAUGGAUGAUGGUUAACAUCAUGAGACUGUGAAACGAUGGAUGUUGUAUGUAGGGGAUGGAGAGAAGAAGAAAAAAGGUUUCUGUAUGUGGUAAUGAAAUAAAAGUGGGUGGAAAGGAAGAGAAAUGUAAAAGAGAAGAGCUGCUGCUGCCACAAACUGUAUGAUAUCAAAAGAACAUUAAAGAUCUAUGUAAGA